UAUUCUAAGUAGUACCAGUUUAACUAAAUUAACAUGGCCCGAAUGAAUCGCCCAGCUCCUGUGGAAAUCACUUACAAGAAUAUGAGAUUCCUUAUAACUCACAAUCCAACCAAUGCAACCUUAAACAAGUUCAUAGAGGAACUUAAGAAGUAUGGAGUUACUACCGUAGUGAGAGUAUGCGAAGCCACUUACGAGACUGCUCCAGUAGAAAAGGAAGGCAUUCAGGUUUUGGACUGGCCCUUUGAUGACGGAGCACCACCAUCUAUCCAGAUUGUUGAUGAUUGGCUAAACCUCCUAAAAGUUAAAUUUCGUGAAGAGCCUGGCUGUUGCAUUGCUGUACACUGUGUUGCUGGUCUUGGAAGAGCACCUGUAUUAGUUGCCCUUGCACUCAUUGAAUGUGGAAUGAAGUAUGAGGAUGCAGUGCAGUUCAUAAGACAGAAGCGACGUGGAGCUUUUAACAGCAAGCAACUUCUCUACUUGGAGAAAUAUCGUCCCAAAAUGCGCCUGCGUUUUAAAGACUCAAAUGGUCAUCGGAACAACUGUUGCAUUCAGUAAAACCAAGCUGCCUAUGUUGCUGCUUUGGAAGGUGACAUGGAAAAUUACAUGUAUGUCUGACUAGGUUACAUGAAGCUUCUAUAGGAUUAGGCAAAUAUGUUGGCAGGAGAGCAACUUCGUUUAGAUAACCAUCUUUUUAGAGAACAGGAAAUGUACAUGGCCUUUUAAAAUGUCUUAUUAGUAAUUUGUAUCAGUAAACUAUCCUUAAUCAUGCAGUUCAUUUUUUCUUUGAAGUCCCAAUAGUCAAAUCUACCAUUACUUGUAUAGAGAUUAGGUGCCAAAAGUCCAGCACACUAUUUCUGUAUACUACACUGUAGUUCCCUAGUAACUACAACUAUCUGGAUCUUUGCCCUCUUCACAGCUGUUACUCCUGGUUUUGUGGAUAGGGCUUUGUAGAGUAAUCUACCUGUUCACUGUUUGUUUCCCACAAUUGCACUAGAACGAAUAUCAGGAUUUGCACACAAUUUACUGACUUAGUCACUUUUGGUGUCUACUUUUGUUACUUAACCCUUUCCAUUCAUAUACAUUAUCCGGUUACUCAUAGAAAAUAAUCCUUCACGCUGUACAGAAGCACACAAGUCUUUAAUGUCUCCAGACAAAAAGCCUUACAGUUAAAUAAAUACUGGCACUUAAUGUGCGACUUAAAACAGAGGGCCUGUAAAAGGAUGGGAGGGGACUAAUUAAUAUUUCUAGUAAAAUGUUGCCUUUUGUCUUGUGCAGGAAGUAUAGGAUAUGCCCUUUACUUUAGUAAAUAUUUUUUUAAAUGUAGAAAUGCUUUAUUGUAGCUGAAAAUUCUUAAUCAUAAAAUUUCUGAAAAUCUUGUAAUUUCUUUUACUGUACUGAUUGAAAGUUGUUUACCAACUAUGGCUUUGUUGGAAGUGAUUUUGUGUUUUUCCUUGAGUUUCUGCCAUGAAUCUGGCAGAUCUCUGUAAUAUUUUGUAUGCCUUUUGAGCUGCGUAACUUAAUAUUUGGAUACUUGAUAAUUUGUUAUGUAAUUGAUAAAAUGGUGGUGUGUAUUAAUGUUCAACCAUAUAUUUAUACUGUCUUGGGAAUGUGUGGUUAUAGUACUGUGGGAGAAAUAAUUUGCCAGUGUUCACCAGCUUGUAAAAUCUAGUGCGAAAGCUCAAACAUCUAAAUAAACUAAAAGCUGCAUUUCA